CUGUCGUUCUUUCCCUUUUCCCUCCGGGAUCGGGCAGCUAGAUGGUUAAACACAUUCCCUAAUGGCCAUUUCAAGACCUGGGAGGCGUUGCACUAGGCAUUCAUGCACGAAUAUUUUCCACCCUCUGCCAUGGUAAAAAUAAAGAACUCCAUCCAAAACUUCCGACAAGCGCCUAUGGAAUCAAUGAGCGAAGCAUGGGAAAGAUUCAAGGAGUUGAAGGUUAAAUGCCCACCUGCUUUGAUUGAUUUCGAUAGUUUGAUGUUCUACUUUUACCAAGGCUUGACAGUUCCAUCCAAGAAAGAAUUAGACCACUCUUCUAAACUUGGUUCUUUUCUGGAGAUGACACCCGAGGAGAAUGAGGAGUUGGUAGACAGGCUUACGUCAAAUGCUAAGUAUUGGUACGAAGACCGAGCUCCUCCUCCUAAAGCUGGCAUGUAUGAAGUAGACCAAUUCACAACACUCAAGGCUAGUAUGGAGAGCAUUGUGAAACAAACUAUCAAGGAGCACCUAGGAGCUUCCCACCCACAUCCCAAUCUGUAUACUGAACCAGUGAAUCAAGCUGAGCUUUAUGGUUCUGGUAGUCACCACCAAUCCGACCUUGUCUUGUCUUGUGAACACUGCUUUCAAAAUCAUCUAUCUUCUGCUUGUCCCUUGAUUGAACCACCCCUUCCGAGCAAGGCUAAGGACGUUAAUCUAGCACAAUACGCGAAUAAAGGGGAAGGGCCUUGGGCCCAGAACAAUCAGGAGCAUUGGCGGGAGAGAAACAAUUUUCCAAGGAACAAUCGUCCCAGGGAUGACUAUAAACAAGGUAACUGGAAUAACUGAUAAGCCAG